CGCGGCGGGGCCGGGAUGUGGCGGGCGCUGCGGAGGCUGCGGGGCUGCGGGCGGAGAUGGCAGCACGGCUCAGCCAUCGACGUGACCAACGAGCCCAUCCUCGAGUUUAAGCCCGGGAGCCCCGAGCGAGCAGCACUUCAGAAGGCACUUGCUGACCUGAAGGACAAGACCGAGUCGAUCCCCUGCGUGAUCGGGGGGCAGGAGGUGUGGACAUCCACGGUGCGGUACCAGCUGUCGCCGUUUAACCAUGCACACAAGGUGGCCAAGUACUGCUAUGCUGACAAGGAGCUCAUUAACAAAGCUAUUAAUGCUGCUUUGGCAGCAAGGAAGGAAUGGGACCUGAAACCUGUCCAAGACCGAGCUCAGAUCUUUCUGAAGGCAGCUGACAUGCUGAGUGGCCCGAGGCGAGCAGAAGUGUUGGCCAAAACCAUGAUUGGACAGGGUAAGACCAUCAUCCAGGCAGAAAUCGAUGCUGCUGCAGAGCUGAUCGACUUCUUCCGAUUCAACGCCAAGUACGCGCUGGAGCUGGAGAGGAGCCAACCCCUCAGCGUGGACAUCAGCACCAACAGCAUGGUGUACCGGGGGCUGGAGGGCUUCGUUGCAGCCAUCUCUCCCUUCAACUUCACGGCCAUCGGUGGUAACCUGGCAGGGACUCCAGCCUUGAUGGGCAACGUGGUCCUGUGGAAGCCCAGUGACACAGCUCUGCUCUCCAGCUAUGCUGUCUACAAGAUCCUCCUGGAGGCUGGGCUCCCUCCCAGCGUUGUGCAGUUCGUGCCAGCAGAUGGACCCGUGUUUGGAGACACUGUCACCAGCUCCCAGCACUUCUGUGGGCUCAACUUCACCGGCAGCGUGCCGACUUUCAAGCGCCUCUGGAAGCAGGUGUCGGAAAACCUGGAUCUGUACCGCAACUUCCCCCGGCUGGCUGGAGAGUGUGGAGGGAAGAACUUCCACCUGGUGCACAGCUCCGCUGACGUGGGCAGCGUGGUGAACGGGACCCUGCGCUCAGCCUUCGAGUACGGCGGCCAGAAAUGCUCAGCCUGCUCUCGCCUCUACGCCCCGGCCUCUCUGUGGCCUCAGAUCAAAGAGAAACUGCUGCAGGAGCACGGGAAGAUCAAAGUGGGAGACCCUGUGCAGGACUUUGGGACGUUUUUCUCAGCGGUGAUUGAUGCCAAGUCUUUUGCACGGAUCAAGGGCUGGAUUGAGCAUGCCAAGAAGUCUCCCAGCCUCAGCAUCCUGGCAGGGGGUGGCUGUGACGACAGCGUGGGGUACUUCAUCGAGCCCUGCAUCGUGGAGAGCAAAGACCCCCAGGACCCCAUCAUGAAAGAGGAGAUCUUCGGCCCUGUCCUCACCGUUUACGUCUACCCCGAGCAGCGGUUCCAGGAGGUGCUGGAGCUCAUCGACAGCUCCACGGCCUAUGGCCUCACGGGGGCGAUCUACGCCCAGGACAAGAGAAUCAUCAAGGAAGCCCAAAGGCUCCUGCGCAACGCCGCCGGCAACUUCUACAUCAACGAUAAGUCAACAGGAGCCGUCGUGGCCCAACAGCCCUUUGGAGGCUCCCGCAGCUCAGGUACCAACGACAAACCUGGUGGCCCCCACUACAUCCUGCGCUGGACAUCCCCUCAGGCCAUCAAAGAGAGCCACGUGCCCCUGCAGGACUGGCGUUACUCCUACAUGCAGUGAUGCCUCCUGCCCACUGCCCCUCAACACACACAGGGGCUUCACAGCCACCUCCUGAGAAAGCACUGCAGUCUACUCAUCCUCACCCUGGCCUGCCUUAGGCUUUCCUUUUAGAGAAGAAUUCUGAUGUUAAGUUGUAAAUGAAAAAGGAAAAGACAAAUCAAUCCAUGUGCUUUU